CGGCGUAGGCGAUGCGGGCCGUUUGACGCUCACUCUCGUUGCCGCGCUGAACCCGCGCGCCGCGUCGACAAUGCGGUGGUGAGCUGUGCAAGUGACUAGUGUUGUACUCAGACCGUGAUUUUUGUGUAUCCUAUCGAUUCAACAUGAGGUCCUUCGGACUAGCAGCGCUUUUCGCUUUCGCGAUAUUAACAGGAUGUCUUGGGGCGAGGGAGCGUUCCCGGCAGCGAUCGGGGCCGGCUCGCAGUGCUCCCGCCGCAGCCAGCAUCAAGCGGGAGGUGGAUUUCGACUGCCCCGAGGAGUUUGGCUACUACCCACACCCCACCGAUUGCACCCUCUACUACGUGUGUGUGUUCGGCGGCGCCCUGCUGGAGUCAUGCACUGGUGGUCUUAUGUACAGCCACGAGCUCCAAACAUGCGAUUGGCCGCGUAACGUUGGCUGUGAUGCCACCGGUGCAGUCAUCGACAGGGGAGAAGAACUCGAACGACUGAGCGAAAGAGAAAGAGAUCCACCUCCGCCGCCGCCCCCGCGACGCACACCUCCCCCACCGCAACCGAGAGCCCAACCCAACCCUGUCAUUACAUCUAGGGGACAACCUAAAUAUAACAGACAAGAGUAUGAAAAGCAGCAACAGUUGUAUGCUGAAGUAGACGAUUUACCACCCGUAGAGGAAUUGGAAAGCGACAGACAGCAACGUGUUUACCGAGGCCAACCAUCUACCAUCGGUCAAGUUCAAAAGGAUAGGGAUGGUUAUAGAAGUGAAUCUAUUAGUUCCGGAAGAACAUUGAAUUCUAACAUUAUUCCUGCGUCAAUAACACAAAAUAGUGGAAAAUUUGGAUCGUUUUCAUUCGGGACACAGGUAGAUGACAGAAGAACUGCAACAAUUACACCAGCUCCUCAAACUUAUAGAGUUGACAAUGACAUUUCUGACUCUUCUCAGGACAGAGACAAAGACAUCGAGACUAAUAAAAUAAGUACUGAUGACAAAAUAAUAAAGACACUUGUAAGAAGAAAAAGAGACGUAGAUAUGACACAAACUAAUUUGACUAUUGCAGACAAAAUGUCUGAUAAAAUUGACAGUGAUGAAGUUAUUGAAUAUGUUGACUAUAACAUUGAAACAAAACCAGUAGUAUAUGACAGUGAUGAUGAACAGAUUAUGACUGAUAGAGACAAAAGACAAGUUCGUUAUAUUUUAAAAAAUGGUUACAAACCUGAAAAACAAUUUUUAAACUUGCCGCAUUUUAGUCAAUAUAAUCCUAAUUUACAAAGACCUCGUUACCAAAAUAUACAAAGCGACAAUUUUAAUACAGGAAAUCGCAAGCCCUUUUCUGUAGAAAAUAAUUUCUUUUCAACUGUUAGUCCUUUUUUAUCCUACCCAGCCGAAGUUUCACAAUCUCAGAGACCAUUUAAACCGAGUCUACCCGAUCCAUUUAACCAGAAAGUUCGUCAAAAUCCUGUUAAUACUCAAGUUAUUACAAAAAGUCCACCUAUUUCCUCUUUGAAUAACAAGGAAAAUCCGUUUUCAUCUUUGUCUGGCGGUUUUUAUAAUAAUGCUCCUAAGGGUCAACAUAGUAAUAAUAACAAUCAAAAUAACGGCCAAUUUAUUACUCAACCCCAACCAUCUUUUAAUCCUCCUAUGGUGACAGAUUCAUUUCAACUAGCAAGUAUAGCGGUUACAAUGAAACCAAUUCAGCAUUCCACUUUUUCUCCCGAAUAUCGGCGUCCUUUAAACCAAGUUCAAGUCGCACAUAAUCAACACGUUAACGAUGAAAGACUAAAAGGUAUAAGAAAUAAUAAAAAUCAAGACCACACACAAAGACCACCACAAGAAGAAGAUUAUGAAGACAGUUAUGAAUCAAAUGAAAGUGACGAGACGUCUGAUGAAGAGGAUGAUCAGAAUUUUAAGCAUGAUUUCCCAGACCCGCCAUACGAUUUCACACACCCUAAGAAUAAAUAUGCUAAUAUAGAGAAUCCCUUCGCUAGGCCAGAUUUUGAUUUCGACACAUAUUUAAGUAAAUUACAAAAUGAUCAUUAUUCAGCUUUAGGAAUGACCUCCGCUAAACCUAAUAACAUUCAACCUAGUAGCUACAAAACCCCUAAAAUGCCUUUAGAAGUAACGACUUUGCCGUAUAAGAAUUCUAUAAGACAUUCAACUACACUAAACUAUAAAGGUGUUAACACACCUCGUCCCUUCACUGUUACAAAUAUUCCCACAAGUACUAGCGGCUUUGAUAACAAUGCAAAAGAAAUCGCACAAUUUUCACAAUUUACAACGAAACCACUUCUAAUAAAACAAAAUGAAAAGCUUACACUAAAUGAAAACUUGUACAAUAGGAAUAUUCAACCAUCUUCACAGCCUUCACCAAAUAAUCUUCCUAAACUUAAACCACCUAAUUUCACAGACGAGCGUCAAUUGCCUCUCACGUAUAGUUUUAGUAGACCAAACGAAAGUCCAAAAAGACCAUAUAAUGUUUCAACAUAUCAAAAUAACAAUUUAGUUUCACAAAUUUUGAUAACUAGCACUGGAUCGCCUUUUAAUUUUGAACAAAAUGAACGACCACGAAACCCAGAAAACUUGAACGUACGCCCUAUUUCAUCUGUUACUCCUUUCACAAUCACAAUACAACCUACUAGGUCUUAUACUUCAGGUAUAAAGCAAUCUACGCCUAAAACAGUAACGACGUCCAAACAACAGCUACAGACCUUACAACAGUUUUGGAAUAAUCCAGUAAAUCAAAAAUUUGUUGUUCAAUCGACUUAUAGACCAAAUUCGGAGUCUUCAAUACACGAUUUACGGCCGUCACAACCAACUAAAAUGUCAACUAAAUUGCCAUUGAAAUCUUAUAGCGUAUACAGUAGUACACCAAAACCAUUUGUAAGUACAACUAAGAAUCCCAAUAAACGUAGGCCAAUUCCUAAACCCUCCCCCGAAAUGAAUGAUUAUUAUUACGACGACGAGGAUGAGCAAUACUAUUACGAGCCUAUUGUCAAACCGAAAUACAUGCCAAGUUCAGAAAUAAAACCGCAGCGCCCUCCGAUGGCUCAAAACUAUCAUGAAUAUGAUGAUAAUUAUCACGAACCGUCAUCGAAUUUAAAACAAGGAAAACCUGUAACAAAAGGUCCGAUUAAUUAUGCUACGUACACAACGGAACCAACGCCAAAGAAUCAAAAUGAUAUAUUGGCGAUAUCAAAAUCGCCAUACAGAGAAGCAGAUAAACAUUCGGUGGGUAAAACGGAACCUUUUCCACCACGAAUGCAUCAUUCUAAUAAAGAUCGUCCUGUUAUUUCUACGUAUGAAAUAAAUCAUCUAGCACCACGAAACAAAACUAUGUCUUUAAGAAAACCAAUACGUAACCAAAAUGGACCUUUUACAAUGAGUCCUCCAAAAUAUUUAAAUCAGACUACCUUGAGACCGUACACAGUGAGACAUAGAUUAGCUAAGCCUGUGGAUGAAUACAAUUUGGACAAACAAAAGAAUGUUAGGGACAGACAUCCGAACAUUGUAGCUCAGAUGCUUACCACACCCCACGACAGCUAUAACCAAGAGACUAGACAGACAAAAACUAAGCACGAUGACAAAUCUAACAGCUUGGAACCGACCGAGAGUAUUACCCCGUCGUCUUAUUCGCCAAGUCCACGACCUAAAAUGCUCUACAAUGGAUCACAGAGCUAUAGUCCAGAUCAAUUUGAUCCUUACUAUGCUGUUUACGACGAAGAUGGUGAACUUUACAAAGAUACAGAUUACGUCCAACAAUAUAACACUGCAUCUCUACGACCUGCAGUGCAGCAAACGUAUAGAGGUACUCCUCCGCCGUCUCGCAGACCUGUCGAGACCUAUACAGCCAGACCUGUAUCUUCCGAUGAUUACGAUGACGCCCUUAUUCAAGGACAGAUAAAUACCCAAAAUCAAUAUCAACCACCCGUUCGUCAUUCGACAAGGGGCGAAGGUAAUGAAUUGGGCUACGAACAUAACCCGAGCAGCGUGCGGACGACUGUUUAUGAAGCUACUUCUAAACGCACUCCUCCUCCUACGACUAGCACAACCACAACCACGACCACGACUACCACGACCACCACCACAACCACACAACGUCCUACUACUGCACUCUUCACAGAAGCAAUGACUCCGUCUCGAUUUACUUCAAGAUUAUCUGCAGAUGAACGUCCCGUUACUACCUCGUCCUCGAAUACCUUAAAUGAUACCAGUACCACUUAUCCUACUCCUCCGCAAGUCAUCAAUUUUUCAUCCCGUGCUAAACCUUUUCGAAAGACUGAUAACUCACGUAGGUUCGAAGACUCUGCAGUGACGACUGAAAGACUGCCGACGCGUAGACUUUCUACUCCGAGGACUAACAGCAACAGUAAGGACGAUGUCAAGUUAGUAAGGUUGAAUGAUAAUAAAAAAUCUUCUACAUUAACAACAGGAUUUUCUAUCAGAAGAAAUACAAAUAGUAGUAAAAAUGCGUACACUCUAACACUUAUAACUAGGCCUUACGACGAUUAUCCAACAUCACAAAAGGUAAUUGAUUACGAAGUUCGCCCAAGUGAAAGUGAUUCAAAAAGAUUAUACUACAGUACUAACAACGACAACAUUGCGGAGCCUGUCAACGCAAAAGUACUAGUUAAUAGCUAUAACGUUGAAACCACUUCCAUAAAUCCAAAAAGUAGAAAAACUCGAUUGCCCUCUGUCAAAACUACUAUAAAAGAAAUAAAUGAUGACGUCAUAUUGGAACACAGAAACGAAAGGCAUAGAGUAAGAAUAAAUACUACACCUGUAACCGUCGAGAAAACAAAAUAUUACCUUAGAAACGCUAGACGACCGGCACCAGUUUCCGUAACCUCAGAAACGUUUAAAGAAUCUACAGAAAAUGCAAUAAAUUACAAUGACCAUAGUAAUGAUGAACCACUUGUAGCUAAUGACACAGUUCCAUUGCUUACAGAAAAUAUGGAUAGUUUAGUGGUUGAAGAUCCUCUUUCAGAAGUUGGCGAUGAUAAAAUUGAAGAACCGUUAGUGUCUCCCUACAAAAGUUUAGAUAAUUUAAGGAACUCAUAUGUAGAUGAUUCCAUAAAUGACUACACUUCUAGUUCGACAUCAACCACGACGUAUACAACUACACUUAAACAGUUUGAUCAAACAAAAGGUAUCAUAAAUAAAUAUUCGCUGCGGAACCCAUCAUAUUAUAGUUAUAAUUUAAACGACGAAAUUGUACCAGAUCAUACAACAGAAGUAUUUAGUGGCAAAGUAAGAAAUGUAAUUCAAGCUUUCUUUAAUAAUUUAGCUUCGAAUUCGAGAAAUACAGAAGAAAUCUUUACCACAACUCCUAAAACAACAACUACACCAGAAACUGUGGUCAAUAUAGGAUAUCAGAAAAAAGUAUCAAAAUAUAUUGAGGAUAAACCAAUUCGAAGUAAUAUAAAAUAUUUGCAAAUUUUAACGGAACCAAGUGUCAGUAGAUUCAUACCUCCCAGUGUCGAUUCACUUUCUUUCACCGAAUCUUACGACAGCGUUCAAAAAGGUUCAUUUUUAGAUGAUAUUUCUACACCAUCUUAUAUUACUACUACUCCGUCAUAUCACAUUAAUCCAGAAACAACGGUUAAAGAAAUAGAAAAUAUUAAAAUCAAUAAAAAACCUAUACAAUCGAAAUUCAGAAAAAUAGUAUCUAGUUCAUCUCCCUUUGAAAAUUCUUAUAAAUAUAAAGACAUUAUCAAUGAUAGGCAGCCCAGUAAGGAAAGCGUUUUUUCGACUACUCCGAAUAUCGAUCUUAAUGUUGAAACGACAAAACCUACACUAAUAGACGAAGAACCAAUUUCCACAACAACUGAGACGGAGCAAUAUCAACUUUUACCGGUUCUACCUGAUGUUGCUUCAACGACAAGUACUACUAAAUCGACUACGACCGCAAAACUUGAGACGAAAACGACUACUAAAAGCUUAUCCUUCCCGACACGAGCCUCUCGUGUAAAUCCUGCUAUAAAGUUAGCCGCGGCAAAUCUUGGAGGUGGACGCAGGAGUUACCAAUCGUCGACCAAUUGCUCAACAGACAACAGUCUGCAAGCCAAUCCAAAAUGCAACGAAAUCAAAUACCAGAGGCCUAGCAGCACUCGCGGUCGAGGGUCGGCACAUUACUCCACACUGAGCGGCUCUGAUGCGCCGCAGCAACAAACCAACAGAGGAACACCACCAACCCGCAGUCGUCCAACUCUCAAACCCUCGACAGCAAUCGUUUCCGACACGAAGUUCGUUGACAUCUACGCUUACCCUGCACGCCGGCCUGCACCGGUUUAUCCCCAGCCCACGCCGGACAAGACCGCCGCCAAGUGCCGCAAAGACGUCUGUCUCUUACCAGACUGUUAUUGCGGUGGCAAGGACAUUCCUGGUGAUUUACCGGUGGAGAGUGUGCCUCAGAUUGUCCUGCUGACAUUUGACGAUUCUGUUAACGACCUGAACAAAGUUCUGUACUCGGAUCUGUUUGAGAAAGGUCGCGUAAACCCUAACGGUUGCCCGAUUAGUGCAACCUUUUACGUCUCCCACGAAUGGACCGAUUACAGUCAAGUACAGAACCUUUACGCUUCGGGACAUGAGAUGGCAUCGCACACAGUCUCUCACAGUUUUGGAGAACAAUUCUCUCAAAAGAAAUGGAACAGAGAAGUGGGUGGACAAAGGGAAAUUUUGGCGGCUUACGGUGGAGUGAAAUUAGAAGACAUUCGUGGUAUGCGAGCUCCCUUCCUUUCUGUAGGCGGCAACAAGAUGUUCAAAAUGUUGUACGACUCAAAUUUCACUUACGACUCCUCGCUGCCAGUCUAUGAGAAUAAACCGCCAAGCUGGCCGUACACCCUUGACUACAAGUUGUUCCAUGACUGCAUGAUUCCGCCUUGCCCCACGAAAUCUUACCCAGGUGUUUGGGAAGUGCCUAUGGUGAUGUGGCAGGACCUGAACGGCGGCAGGUGCUCGAUGGGCGACGCGUGCGCCAACCCGCCUGAGGCCGAGGGCGUCUACAAGAUGCUGCUCAAGAACUUCGAUAGACAUUAUACUACGAACAGAGCUCCAUUCGGUCUGUUCUACCACGCGGCGUGGUUCACGCAGCCGCACCACAAAGAGGGCUUCAUAAUGUUCCUCGAUUACAUCAAUAAGAUGAAGGACGUGUGGAUCGUGACCAACUGGCAGGCGUUACAGUGGGUGCGCGACCCCACGCCCAUCUCCAGGCUCAAUAACUUCCAGCCCUUCCAGUGCAACUACCCAGAUCGUCCGAAAAAAUGCAACAACCCAAAGGUUUGCAACCUCUGGCAUAAAUCUGGUGUGAGAUACAUGAGAACGUGCCAACCGUGCCCGGAGAUCUACCCCUGGACAGGAAAGACCGGUAUCAAAUCAUCACGCAUCGACAAUGAAAUCGACGAAUAAUUAAUACGUAAUAGCUUAAUAGAAAAACGUGUCCGUCCUUGACAAGUGAUAUAAGUAAAAUAAUAAGCCAACGAGGCAAGGACAUUCUCAUGUAAAUUAUUUGAUAAUAGAAAUUGUUUAUUACCAGCUACAGAGUGCCAUUUAGAUUUCGGUGGUCACAAAAAUGUUUGAUCCAAAACAAUUUCAUUUGAAAUAAUGGUGUAAACUCGCCCUGUAUAAGCUACCCGUUGUAUUUUGUAUUGGAAACUGUGAUAUUAUGUGUUUUCAAUCAUCCUGUAUACUCAUGUAACUUUUAUUCUAAUUAACUAUGAAUUUUAGUAUCAGAAAAGUUUGUAAAACUUUGCCAAUUUUAUAUCUAUUAUGUUACUUCGUAAUUAAUUGUCGAAAGAAAGUUUUCUAUAGAUUUUUUGUAUCAGUUUCACGAAGAUCUGACUGUCCAUAUGGAAGCCAUAUUAAAAUUUAGAAAAUAAUUUUCUGAUCUUGCCAGCUUUGUAGUUGACACUGCCUUUUUUGAAUAAAAUGUAAAUAUAGUAUUAGUUUAUAUUUAGAUAUAGAAUAAGUUUCAUAUCUAGAUAACGGCGUGUUAAAAAUAUGAUUAAAGAUAGGUUUACGCUGAUCUAAAGCAAGACAUUUGUAAAUAAAAGAUACGCCUCCUUUUACGCUUAAAUUCGUUAAUUACAUAUAACUUUACAAAUCAAAUUUUGCUCACAAUAUUUUACAAUAAUAUCCAUCCUAUAAUUUUCUCUAAACAAUAGUUGAAUUAAUAAAAUAUUUUAAUUACUACUUUUUAAAGUAACUUUUAUUUGUCUUGACUUGGAAACGCGUAUAAAUAUUUUUUUUUACAAAUAUCUUAGCAUUGCGUAGACGUCUGUCUACAUCGCUCUGAUGUAGCACAUGUCUACGCGACAACUAAAAUGACAUAUUUAUUAAAUCAACUACCUAUAAUUCAAUUAUAAUAAUAAUUCAAAAAUAACAAUCGUACCAGUUUUGGAACCACAAGCAUACGCGCUAUAAAUUUCCUAAUUUUAGUUUUAAUUUUAGCUUUGGUAUGCUAAAGCAACUAAAGUGGUUAAAAGCGCUUGCUACGAAUCUAUUUAAAAUUAGAUUUUUUUUUAUUAAGUACUAUUAUUGUAAAUAUAGAUUUAGUAUUUAAUAUUGGAUAUACCUUUUUCACAUAAGCAUUAUUUUUUAUAUGUACCCGGCUAUUUCGAUUUUAUCUUUGACAUGACAAUUAUUGAGCCCAGUGUCGUUUAGAGCAAGGGGGUAAUGUAAUUUGCUAUCGAUUUAUUAAUAUGUUUUUGUAAAGAAAUUAUGUGAUCGAUAAUAAAUAAUAAACGCUACAAAUUA